GCUCCGCCACCUCCCGGGACUUACAGAGCAAAUCGACCUCCUGCCUGCUGCCAACAUGGUGCUGACUAGUGAAGAGAAGAAGUUGAUCCAGAGCACCUGGAGCAAACUGGCCCCGGAGCACUGCGAUCUGGGCGGCGAAGCGCUGACCAGGCUUUUCCAGGUCUACCCGCAGUCCAAGAUCUACUUCCCGCACUUCGACCUGUGCCCCGGCUCCAACGACAUUCACCACCACGGCCAGAAGGUCGUCAAGGCCAUCGACAGUGCCAUCAAGCAUCUGGACAACAUCCGCGGCUGCCUGUCCGAGCUCAGCGACCUGCACGCCUACAACCUCCGCGUGGACCCCGUCAACUUCAAGUUUCUGACCAGGUGCAUCCACGUGACACUGGCUUCCAGCCUCCGCGGAGAAUACAACGCCCUGGCCUACAUGGCCUAUGACAAGCUCCUCUGCUUCAUCGGCGAGGUGCUGACCGAGAAGUACAGAUGAGCCCCCCGCCCCCCGCCCCCUCGCCUCGGAGCUGCCGUUUGCCCCCCUUCUCGGGCACUCCGCUUCCGCUGUGCCACUGAGCAAUAAAACGCAUGAACCAC